AUGCCUGACUGGGACCCCGCGACAUACUGCGAGCGCCUGGCAUCUCUGCUGGCUGGCUGUCUGCUCUGCGCCUCCUGGCUCUUCUCUGUCCACGUUCGGAGCCGCCCCGGGCUGUCACGGCUGGCAGCAGCGCUUCCAGUGGUGGCCUUCAACUGCGGGGCGCCGCUGCUCUUCCGCCGCGUCGCCAGUUCCGCCGGAGCUGGGACUGCCGAGGACUCUGAAAUCGUGACCAUUGUGCUGGCUUGGGCCGCCAACCGUGGGCCGCUGGCUGCCGACCAGUGGAACAUGGCGCCGUUUGCGGCCAUCCAGCUGGCCCCCAUCUCGCCCAUGGAAGGGGCCGAGGCACGUGCGCAUGGCCGCGGCGGGCGGCAGAGCGAGCACGCCGGCGGCGCGGGCAGCAUGGCGGCCGCUUUUGUGGCCAAAGCUGCCUUGACCGUCGUCGGGCUGGGCCUGGUGCGCCUGCAACCUCCGCAGCUGGUGCUCGAGUUUCUAUACACGAUUGGCCUGUACGCCAUCCUCUCCUUUGCGAUGGAUGGCAUGCAGGUGUCGCCCCACUUUGAUUCCCCCUGGAGCUCCACCAGCCUCGCCGACUUCUGGUCGCGACGGUGGGACCUGGCGGCAGGCAACACGCUUCGCCAGCUGGUGUAUGAGCCAGUCCUCGAGGGCCGGCUGGUGCGCACGGCUGCGCCGCCGCUGCGCGCCACCCGCGGCGCGGCCGCCUCGGCCGCCAAGCGCCACAGGCGGCGGCGCCUGGUGGGGUCCGCAUCCUGCUUCCUGGUCAGCGCCGCCAUGCACGAGCUGCAGUUUUGGUACAUGACUGGGCGGCACAGCGGCGGCCUCAUGCUGGCUUUCUUCCUGGCCCAGGUGCCGCUGCUGUCGGGCGAGCGGCAGCUGGGAGGCGUGCUGAGGCGGCGCGGCUUGCAGCCGCCGGCGCCGGUGCGUGCAGCCGCCACCCUUGGGACCCUGCUGCUGCUCUCGCACUGGACGUUCUGGCUAGCCUGCAACCGGCACGGGGUCACCGCCGCCUCCCUGGCGUCCGUCAAGGGCAGCGUGGCGGCAGGCAGGCAGCUGGCGGCGGCGUGGCUGGCGUGGCUGGGCGCCAGGUGA